AUGGGGGAGGGUGAGUCAGAGGGCCCGAUUCGAACCCAUGCCGACUCUGGUCCAGCGGCUGUUUCACUGAGGUCCAGGGGUUCUCAUUUCUGUGGAGGGGCUAUCCUGACUGAGCGCUGGAUCCUGACUGCUGCCCACUGCUUCUCCAUCGUCUCUACAAACUUUCUGAGGAACGUUAGUGUUGUGAUUGGGGAGUACGACCAAAGGGUUCCUGAUGAAGAAGAGCAGACCUUCACUGUGAACACCAUCAAAAUUCACGAGAAGUACCAGCACGCCUCUCCUAUGAGCUAUGACAUAGCUCUGCUGGAAAUCAAUGGACAUAUCCGAUUGGGCAGGGGGACUCUGGGGGUCCUCUGA